UGUGUGUGUGUUUUAAAUAAUACAAUUUACGUUGAUUCCUCAUCUCAUUUAAAAAGGCAGCGAAUCAGAGACUUUUUAAGAUAAGUCAUGUUCAGGAGACGAUACAGUAGUACUGGUAGUGGUGGCAGAGGGUCCCGAAGGAAGAAUUUAUUUGCAGGAUUCGAUGAGUUUGGUUUUGCCAUUUUUAAAACAAAAUCACGGGAAGGGACAAUGCAACAACGGUGCCAUGAGUACAGCUACCCUAAAGCAAACGAUGGGAAGGUGAAGAAACUUUGUGAACUCCUCAGCAGCUGGGAUGAAGCUGAUGACACCUGCAUAGUUAAGGCGGCUUGUUUUGUCAGAACAGGGAUUCCUCCUGAGUUGCGUGGCUGUGUAUGGAAAUGUCUCUUGGGUAUUCACACACUUCAGGAAACCAGCCCUUUCAUUUAUCAGGAAUGCCUAAAGGGAAUUCGAAGGCAGCUUGUUGACCUGGGUGUGAGUGAGUAUGGGAUUGGCUCUGCUAUUGCCACUCUGAGUGAGGCAGAGAAUGAGAUGGAGUCCAAGAAGAACACUUCCCAAUCUUCAGCCAGCUCUUCAGAGUUGGGCAAUGUUGUCCUCUUCAGGCAAAUAGCUCUUGAUCUUCAAAGGUCGUUUCCUACUCAUCGCUCUUUAAUGGGCGACGCCUCUGAAGCCAUAGAAGGGCAAGCCAAGCUGUUCCGUGUCCUCCUAGCGUAUGCAAUAUACAACCCCAGGAUAGGCUACAGCCAAGGAAUGUCCUACAUAGCUGCCAUGCUCCUGAUGAACCUGUCUGAAGAAGAGGCUUUCUGGGCUUUUGUUGCAUUGCUGGAAAGACCUAACUACUUAGCAGGGCUAUUUGAUCAUUCCUUGGAUAAAAUUCAGCACAAUGCCAAAGUAUUUAAACUGCUACUUAAACACAGAAUGCCUCGACUUUGUCAGCAUAUUGAAGAUCUUGGAGUAACAACAUUGCAUUUUGUCACGCCAUGGUUCUUAACCCUAUUCACUUCCCUUCCUUGCUGGGAUACGGUGCUGGCUAUAUGGGACCAUAUCAUUCUAAAUGGCAUUGUGGUUGUUUUCACCGCAGGGCUGUGUAUUUUACAGCUGCUUGAGUCGCGACUGCUGGAAAUGUCGGACAUGUCUCUCCUCCUGCCCACGCUGCUCAGGGUGCCCGUUGAUGUGUAA